UCUCUGCAAAAGACCCGUGGUCAGACCUCCAAGAAGCUCCAGAAAGAGGCUGACUGUUUCUCUGUCCCCCAGACGGAGUUACUUGAUUCUGAGGAGCCGUUGGAGGACAACCUGCUGAGUGUACGGAAGUCAAUGGUGGGCCGCACCCACUCUCUACCCAACGACAGCUACAUGUUCCUGCCUCUGGAGCCCUUCGGACCCCCAGGAGCCAGCUUGGCUCCUGGCUUAGCUCCAGUACUGACACAGGCUACAGGGCCACAGCACAUAGAGGCCCUCAACAGGGCCCUGUCAGGUACAGUACAUACACUCCCUCUACACGCCGACAUUGUUCACACACACAACCACACAGACACACACACACACACAGACAAACACAAACACACAGUCACACAAACACACACACACACACACACACACACACAGAAACACACACACAUACACACACACACAUAGUUUCCCCUUGAUCAAAGUGAAUGCUGUCAGGAAAACCAAGUAAUUUCUAGAACAGUAGGACCAGGAACCAACCUUACCCACACCUACUGUUUUGAUAAUCCCUUGUGGUUUUGUGUGAGAAAAACAAGUUAUAUUUGUGUUGUGUGUGUUUCCACAGGCUCCAGUACCUCGGUGCGGUCCCAACCAGAGAAGAGCUCCCAGCAGUUGGCUGUUCCUACAGACUUCUUCAGACCCAUCAGUCCUCACAGCCUCUCAGACUCAGAGAAUACACCCCGACUACCCCCUCCACGGCGCGCACACACACUCAGCCGCACGCUCCGCAGACAGGUGAGACACACACAUGCAGGCAGGCAAACACACACACCCCACACACACACACCGGAGGUAACAAAUGUUUUCUAUCAGAAAUGACUGUUCAUCAUUGUGUUUUUCUCCUCAUGUUUCUGCUGAUAUGAUGUUUUUCCUAAACUUUCCUUUCCUUCCUCUCAGCUCUGCUCUUAAUGCUGUCUUCUCUCCUCCCUCUACCUCCCUUCUUCCUGUCUGUUUUAUGUGUUUCUAACUUCUCCAUUCCUCCUCCCUCUUCUGUCCGUCUCUCUGUCCAUCCGCUUGCCUCCUUCUCCUGUAUCUGUUACUAACAGAGUCUAGUUCAGCAACCACCAGAACCAGAGCUACUGAUCAAACACAGAUACUCCUGUUUCUGAAACAGUUAAAUAGCAACUCCUGACCCGCUACCACUGAUUUCAGAAAUACUGAACAUCCCUAUAUCCUAUCCACCCUGCCUCCAACACACACACACACACACACACACACACACACACACACACACACGCGCACACACACUCCCCUUUCCUCUGACCUCUCCUCCUCCCCUUCUUGCUCCCUUGUUUGUCUAUCUUCUGCUGACCAUCUGCCACAAUGCAUCUCACUUGGCCAACUGUCGUAGGUAGCGUUGAUCAUAGUUUUGGAAUGGCUAGACUGUUAAUUCCUUUAGAAAUAGGGGACUAUAUUGUUUAUGAACCCCUAUAAGGUCAUGUGAACUACCUACUGAUAUCUUUAUCACGCAUCUGUUGAUUAAUGGAAUGUAUUUUAGUCUAAAAUGUAGUCAGUUUGCCUAUGAAUUGUAGGCUUUGGCCUACAUAUCACACUAUUGUAACUACAUGUUACAUUGUUAUAACUCAGGGUUCAAAUCAGGACUGUCAGUUCUGUCCAUAAUAUUUGGCCACAUAUUUUAUAUGACUGUUUUAGAGCACUUGUUGUCCUUUUUGGGCAAUAUUGUGAUUGUAUGAAGAUGAUUAUAUUGAUGAAAUAGUUACUAUUGAGAAUAAAUUAUAAUAUUUAAAAUAUAUAUGUGUUACCCCGUAUGACAGGAAUUGUUCUACAAUCACAAAUAGGUAUUGAUAAAAAAUCUAAGAGGACUUGUUAGUGCUACUGUAGCUGUGUUAUUGGCAAUGUGGCUUGGCUAUAAUAUCUUAGUCCACUAGAUGUCGAUGUUGUCACAUCAUCCGUGCUUUCUGUCAAGACUCACAAUUCUACCAGUCAUAAAUAUUCUGUGGACAGUCCCAAAACGCUCAAAUAGCUACCUUUUCAUUUCUGUCCAUAUUUUGUCACAUAACAACCUAGAUAUUUCAGAUAUGUCAUCUCAAAUUGCAGAAGAUAUGGAAAGGAUGCUAUAUGAGACUUUUGUAACUUUUGUAGUGUGUCAUUUUGUUCUACUAACCGUUCCUCUCCUGAAGCUACACACAGACCCAGUACUCUCUGCCCUUUGCCCUCUGACCUCUCUGAGGAGAAAAAGCUGAAGGACUGCCCUACAGUACCACCCUCUAAAAUUCCAAUACAUUUUAGUCAUUGGGGAGUUAGCUGAUUGGGCUACAAGGACAGAGGGUAUUGAGGAUAUUGGGCAUUGGGAGAGGCUCAGAAUGCAGUGCACCAGACUAGGCAUAUCUCCCAAUACUCCUUCUGUUAAACAGGGAAUACACAUUGGGCUCUCACUUAGACAUUGGGAAACCAUGGUUGUACCCAGUGCCCUAGCUGAGACAAACUGUGCUCUAACUACUGCUGCUACUGUAAAUCACAUGCUGUCACUGAAUCUCUUUAUGAAACAGAUACUCUUGACACAUAUCUGAAUCUGGAAUUGUUCCCUUGUGCAAUAAACAUACAGCAAUAUACUUACUAGUUGCACUCUAUUGCAAUUUCAACAUUUCCUCUGUAUCACAAUGAGACAGAGAUGGUAUUGGGAGCAUGCUGGACUAAUGGUGGACUCUGACCUUCACUCCUAUUGGGCAUCCUCACCCAGUCACCUCACACUAACCAGUCUCCCCCCUCUCACCCCCCCAUGUCCCCCUAACCACCCAUCCCCUGUGUCUCAAUCUCUCCCUCCAUGCCUCACCACUCUCCCUGUUCUUCUCUCCCGCUCCUCUUACACCUUUCUCCAUUUCUUUCAACCUCACUGCAUCAUCCCUCCUAAUCCCUCUCCUCCCUCCUCCCCCUUUCUCCCUCCUUCCUCCACUAGGUGGCAGUAUCUAAUGAUUCCCAGGAGGCCCUGUGUUCUGACGGAGGGGAGGGUGAGGACAGGGUCCUAAAUGUAGCUUCCCUAGCCCUCCCCCUUUCCUCCUCCUCCUCCUCCUCCUCCUCCUCCUCCCAUCUUCACCAGCAGCCUUCUCUCCGGCUGGUCCCUGCCACCCCAGGGGCAUCCCCUCAACGGUCGCGCCCCAGUAGUGUUCACACCCAACACCCCUUCUCAAACCACGACCAGCACCACCUCUCCUCCUCACCCAACUCCCCCUCCUCCUUCUCCUCUUCCCCUCCUCCCUUCCCCCCCGCUCGCCCCUGGAGACAGGAAGAGGCCUCGGCCGACCAGGAAGUGUCGCUCAUCAACCGGGCGGGGCUGGCGGGGAGUGAGGAUGUCAUCGGGGUCGGACUGGGGUCAGAGGUCGGAGGUCUCGAUGGCAGUUACCAAGGUUAUGAGGUUGGUUGUGGUGAGGAGAGCGGGCCAUGCCUGAGGCAGCUGAAGAGGUUCCACAGCGCUGACACCCAGGGGCGGAGCAUUUUAGCACCCCGGCCACGCCCCCUGUCCUGGUUGGACGAUCCUCGGCGCCACUCAGUGGAGGUGUGUUCGUCCGUAGAGUCCAGCCCCCAGCACAGCACCACGUCCACGUCCUCUGGGUUUGUCUCCCGAGCAGACAGCCUCCAGAUCCAGUCCCAGACCACAACACAGACCCUGCCCUCUCCCCGACGCAAGAAGAAAAUGAGCCCCCCGUGUAUCUCCGUAGACCCCCCUGAUGGACUGGAGUCCCAGCCCAGCCUCCACCCUGCCCUGGGGGGUUUGGGGGGGCUAGGGAUGCCCCCUCCCUUAACCAGCCGGGGUACCUCCUGUCUGAGGAGACGGGCUCCCUCCAGUGACUCCAAGGACUCCUUUGACCUCGGGGCAGGGGAGGGGCUGGGCCAGGAGGGAGGGGGGCCCAACCCCAAGCUGUUGACUCUGCCCAGCUUCUCCUUCGAGAAGACAAGCUCUGAGCACUGA